CGCCGCGGCGCGUCGCCGCCAAACAGACGUGUCAAUACGGCCAGUAUUAACAAAAAAAAAUUCAAAAAUAACAACAAUAUAUUAAAUAUAUAAACCACUUAUUAAAAAAUCAACUGUGUCUUGCACUGGCAGUGUAAUCUUCGCGUUUCUGAUCCCUCCUUAUCAUCAUCGCUCGGUAUCUUCUCUGGUGUAUUAUUCUGUGUCAAUUCCAGUUGCCUCACGGAUUAUGAUGAAGCAAGAAAAAUAAAAAUGGCGGGUUCAAGAGAGAGAUUGCUAUACGAUCGUCACGUGGAAUUUGAAUUAGAAUAUGACCGAAGACGCCGACAGGAAACCAGGUUUGAACCACAGAGGUCACACACGAGCCGAGCUCCGGAAAGAUACCAAGAAACACCUCAGAGGAAAAAUGGCUACGUCUUCGAAGACAUUUAUUCAGAUUUCGAUGAAGCCCAAGGCCGCCUGUCAUUAUUCCGACCCAUCAGACCCGAAUAUUUAAAUCUGCAAACAACAUAUGACAACAAAUACAACUCGCUGCCUCGGACGUAUUACAAUGACGAGAGACGGCGCUAUAAAAAAGAUUAUUACGACUUCAGAAUCGAUGAAAGGAAAAUACCGAAGCAAUACUACGAAAAAUUUCAAUUGGACGAAAGAAUCGAAAGGAAAAGGAAUGAGAUCGGGACAAAGGAGAGGCGAUCCAACUCUAACGAACCGAGAGUUGAUAGGAAGCCUAAGAAUAUUGCCGUCUGCAAACCACUUCAGCUGCCUGAGAGGAACGCCAGAUACUGGACAACGGAUCCACCGGGAAAAGAUAAGAAACCAAAACGAGAGGAGAAUAAGAAAAUUGUGAAGUUCUCAGAAGUUUCUGGGUGUAGGAAGAUGGUUAUAGAUGACCCUGUGUGCGGCAGAAAAGUCGUAGCCGUCCGUGAACUUGAGGUUUCUUUGGACCAAAUGAUACAGAACGGUUACUUCGAGAGACACAACAUACCCAUACGACUACCGGAAAAAAAGGAAGAGAUAACUAGCGCGCUGCCUAACGGGAAGUGUGUCAGCGAUACGCCGACGAGAAAGUCUAGACAUUCCAGGCAUCUACCGCAGGUGUUGGCAGCCCUUGCGGUAUCACUAGCUCCGUUUUCGGCAGGUCUUGGUAAGGGUUACAGUUCCCCAGCUAUAGCUUCGCUUCAAGGACCUGGAAACGCAACCAGGAGGGAUUUCCAGCUCACAGAUCAGCAGGCGUCCUGGCUUGCUUCGUUAUCUUUUCUCGGUGCGCUGUUCGGUGGUAUGGCUGGAGGCGCUGCUAUGCGUCACGGACGUCGCCGAGUACUGUCCCUGGCCGCGGCACCUUGCAGCCUCUCCUGGCUAUUGACGGUGCUGGCCACAUCAGUACGCAUGAUGUGCAUCACAGCUUUUCUGGGAGGCUUCUGCUGCUCUAUACUGACAAUGUUAUCACAGGUUUACAUCAGUGAAAUAUCAGUACCAGACAUCAGGGGCUGUCUGAGCGCUGUUCUCAAAAUUGUAGGUCACCUUGGAGUGCUGUUUAGUUUCACCAUCGGAGCGUAUCUCGACUGGCAGCAACUAGCUCUCUGUAUAUCCGCUGCCCCCCUACUUCUCUUCUGCACAGUGCUUUAUAUACCGGAGACCCCGAGCUACCUCGUCCUUAUUGGAAAAGACGAUGAAGCAUACAAAAGUUUGCUAUGGCUUCGCGGACCAAACUCUGACGUUGCUCAAGAAUUAGCUACAAUCAGAACUAAUGUACUCGCCAGCAAAAAUUUUAGUCAGCGACAAAGUCAAAUGUCCAGCAGUCAACUGAUAAGUUCGUUAGACGUUAGGACGAUGAACCGCUUGCUUGGACCAAUUUUAGUGACUUGCGGACUGAUGAUGUUUCAGCGGUUCUCUGGUGCUCACGCAUUCUCUUUCUACGCUGUUCCGAUAUUCAGGAAGACUUUUGGAGGAAUGAAUCCACACGGAGCAGCUAUUGCUGUCUCAUUCGUGCAAUUACUAGCAUCUUGUCUCUCUGGUUUAUUGAUCGACACUGUUGGGCGACUGCCUUUGCUUAUAGUGAGCUCGGUGUUAAUGUCUAUGGCUUUAGCUGGCUUCGGAAGUUAUGCUUACUACGAAGAAGUCCACAGGAAUCAGAGGAUACAGAACGUAAUGUUCCAUCAAACAGUUGGACAAAAUGAUUGGAUUCCAUUACUAUGUGUUUUGGUAUUUACAAUUGCGUUUUCUUUGGGCAUGAGUCCCAUAUCGUGGCUGCUUAUAGGUGAACUCUUCCCUCUCGAAUACAGGGCGUUUGGCAGCGCGAUGGCAACUGCGUUUAGUUAUCUCUGUGCUUUCGUCGGUGUGAAAACUUUUGUCGAUUUCCAACAAGCGUUGGGUUUGCACGGCGCAUUUUGGUUGUACGCCUCCAUAAGUGUCGGGGGUCUUUGUUUUGUUGUCUGCUGUGUGCCAGAAACCAAAGGCAGGGAUCUUGAUGAAAUGGAUCCAAACUAUGUCCAAAGCCUCUCCCCCAAAAGGUAAGAAAAUGCAAAUCGUAAUAUGAUGAUUAUUUUAAAAUUUAAAAUGAUUCCAUAUCCUUAUUACCUGGUGUAUCUCAAUUCUUAAGUUUCGUGUUAUUGAUGAAAAUUUAAUUUAUCAACUUACGUCUUCGAUACUUUAGGCAUUAUUUUAGAUAAAUAUUUUAAAUUAUUUUCAUUACAUAUCUCCCUAACAAUUAAAAUUAUCAAAAUUUACUAUAUUCCCUACAUAUCCUCAAAAAAAUCCAUAUCGGAACAUAUUUUUCUUAAUAUUUCUUAUCUCUUUACGUAUCAUAUUAAAUCUUGUGAAAAGAAAAAAAUAUUAUGAGUAUAUUUUUUGUGAUUAAAUCAUAUACAUGUUAUUCCCAAAUUAAUGAGAAUAUUUUAUCUCAAUAUUACCUUGUCUCUUCCAAAAUAUGUUAUAUUUUUUCUAUACAUCUUCCCCGCCAUUAAACCGUAUGUGGAGUAUAUAAUAGACAUCAUAAAUAUGUAUGUAUUACAAAAUAACACAUUAAAAGAGCAACGUUUUUACAAAAUAACUAAUUCUACAAUCGAAUGGGCUCUCCUUUUAUCGUAGUCAAUACAAUUUAAAGACAAUUUUAAUCGAGCUUUCUUAUCUACUUAAUAUACGACAAUAAUUUUAGGACAAUAAAAUAUUCGUGAUGCCACGUUUAACUAAAUAUACAAGUAUUUAGUUACUCCUAUAUAUAUCGUGUAGAUUUGUGGCAUUAGAGCUCUUAUGCAGUACUCUCUUUUCUCCCUUUAAAAUGUUUUCCACUGACCGUCUAGUUUAACAGUCAAUGGUAUAUUAAAAAUUAUAUAUCCAAUUAACAAGAACAGUCUUCGAAACCGUAAAAUAUUAAAAAAGGGUAGUAUCAAAAAAAUUAGGUGUAGUUUACAGAUUGAUGGACUUAAGAAUCUUUUAAGUAAACAGUAUUUGAGAAUAAUUAAUUUUAAUCUCACGAAACAUAAUUACUGUCAAAGGAAUAGUUUUUUUUUAUUCACAUGGAGUUCCUUUUCUGUGCUAAAUAUAUUCUUAUACUAUACAGUAUACAUUUGUUCAAAUCUAUUGUUGUUGUUUCAAAAACCUUUAUUAUUCGUUACAUAAAGAAAUCUUUAAAUAUUUUAUUGAUUGUAUAUUAGAAUACUCUUUCUAUAAAAUAAUAUAUUCUAAAAUUUAUUUUAAAAUAUCAUUCUGUUAAAAUGUUUAUAUUUUUGAUUUUGGACUUAUAUAGUGACGUUUUGCAAACACUGUUAAAUUGUACACAACGACAGUGAAGCAAAAAUAUUAUUAUAAUACGAAAAGAUGUAAACAAGUAACAUUGCUAACAAACUAACUUCAAUAGUAUUCUUUCUAAAUACAAAGCAAAAAAGGAAUUGGUGAAAUAUUAUUUUUUGUAAGAGCGCCUGUGAAUUAAAUAUAGAAUUUUGUUAGAAAAGUUAAAUUGCAUUGUAGUAAGAAGAUUUUGCUUAUAAAAUAAAAAGGUUGUAAAACCAAAGAUUUGACAUCAGUAUUUAUCAGACAGAUAAAAUAAGCCAUAGAUUGUAUUUUAAACUUCCAAAAACGACAAUCGUCUUGUGAAAGAUGUCCAUUAGAAAAGAUGCCUUUAUUAGCUUAUGCCUGCCAGUGCGGACCGAUUAUGAUUUUAUAUUAUAAUUAUAUAUCACAUUGUAUUAUGUAAUUAUUAUAAAAUUGCAUUUUUUAUUGUGAAAAUAUUAUACGCCUACGAAAUAUCUUAAUAUUUCGUUUUAUAAUAAAACAAAUUUGGUCUGUAUUCUGAAAAACACUUGUCUGUAAUAACCCUAACGUUUUUUGCAUUGUCAAAUUUAACCCACAAAGGUAAAUUUUUCAUUCAUACAAUAUAGAAAACUCAAAGAUUUCUAAACCACAUAUAUAAUAAAAACACGUUCACAAAUUAUAAAACUAUAUAUAAAUGAAUGUUUUACAAAAAUAUAUGUAGCAAUGCCAAUGAUUUUACAUUAAUAUUAACACUUAAUAGAGGUGAUAUUUGUUGAAACCUCCUUUCACUGUGACGUAAGAACAGAUGCUUAAUUUUUUAAUCUACAAAAUGUGGAGAAAAUAAAAAAAGAAUUCAGUUUAGGAAAUGGUAGAUGUAGAUUAAAAUCACAAUCAAAUAAUAUAGAUAAUGUAAUAAUAGGUUGUGAAAUUAUACAAUUUCGACUUUUUAUAUUAUAGUGUUAGUCAUUGGCUUAAAAAUGUUAAAUAAAAUGCUUGCUCAUUAAAUAUUUCUUUAUAAAUAUAUAUAGUAUAAUGUAUUGCUGUAAAGGACUUAUUUGUUCUGAAUAUUACUGCUCUUUUUAAUCUGUUUUAUUUAAUUAAUAGAAAUUGUUGGUUGAAGUAAAUGUUUGUAUUUAAGUUGUAUUGGAUGUUCCAAACGAACAUAUUUUUAACCUAAAAAAAAUAUGUCUAAAUUACUUUUAAAAAUAUAAAGAAUUCUUUCUCAGGAGUGCUUUAAUAUUGUAAAUUAGUGCUAAUGCUUAGCCUUUUAGCAAUCGUAAUGUAUUAGAAGUGUGCCUGCUAUAGAAUAUUUCCCAAUUAUAGAUGUAGAGACUACUGAGCUGUGUUUAGAAUAAUAACGAAAAAUACUUACAGUCUUAUGGGUGUGUUGUGAAAAAAGUAACUUAUCGUGUAAAUACUGCCAUCUAUUGAGUUUUGAAGGAGUUGAUUUUAUGCCAAUAGAUGGCGCUGUUUCAAAUAAUUUAAUUGUAUAACAAAUUUCAUGACGCCAUUCGUCCAUAACUGUUUACAAGAAUUAUUUCUUUUUCUAUCAUUAAAUAUAAAAAUCUCAGGAUCAAUUUAUUAUAAGGUAGAUCGUAAUUAAGAUAGAAAGGCUUUAACUAGCUUAGAAAAUCCUUAAAGACUUUAGGGUACAAAUGACAGCUCAAGGUCAAUAAUAUAACAUUUUUUAAAUUAUAAACAAAUUUUUCUUCUUAUUAGCAACGAAAUAUUUAAACUUUAUAUAAGAAUUUGAUCUUUAUAUGUUAUAAACAGAAAACGGUAUUAAAUCAAAGAAAUUCAUAUCAAACACUAAGUUUCUCUAAUGGUUACUAAGAAAAUGAAAACGUUGAAUACUUCUUAUAAAUACUCUUAGAUAUCAGUUCGAGUGUUUUUAACAAAAUAAAGAUCUAAUUCCUAUUUCUUAGCUUCUAUAAACAAUAAGUGAAAUGACAAUACAAUUUUCCGACAAUAACUAUUAUUAGAAAUUCUUCUAUAUUGGAAUGGAAUUUACAUUAUAUUCAUAGAUCGAUGUAUUGCUGAGAUGCCUAAAUAUAUGAAGGUCUAGA